AUGCUGCGGUGCUGCCUUUGCUGCUUCUCAGUGGAGAGGGAAAUCGGGCGGGGAGGGUUCAGCAGGGUUUACCGAGUGCGGAGCCGCAAAAGCGGAGUUUUGCUGGCAGCAAAAGUUUUGGAAAAAGCAAAAAUAGAAAAUGAGCCGCAGCGGCUACGGAGGGCCCUCGUUGAAAGAGAAGUUUUGAGCUGCUGCCAGUCCCCCUUCGUGCUGCAGCUCUGCUGCGCCUUCCAGACCCAAAGACACAUGGUGCUCGUCACCGAGUUCUGCCCCGGCGGUGAUCUGGCGGCGCUGCUGCGGUGCCACAAACGCCUAAGCGAAGCAGCAGCGCGCUUUGUAGCUGUGGAGGUGAUGCUGGGGCUGCAGCAGCUGCAGCAGCAGCAAGUUGUGUAUAGGGAUUUGAAGGCAGCAAACGUGCUUAUUGAUCUGGACGGCCACUGCAGACUUGCGGACUUCGGGCUCGCCAAGAAGCUCACCGGUCAACUCAAGAGGACAUUUUCCUUCUGCGGCAGCCCGGAGUACCUCAGCCCGGAAAUGCUGCUUGGAUCGGGGCACGACCACAGCGUGGAUCUGUACGCGCUGGGCUGCCUCAUCUACGAGCUGCUGGUGGGGUUUCCUCCAUUCUUUGCUGCAAACCGCAACGUGAUGUACAUGAAAAUAAUGCAAGGACAGCUGUCGUUUCCCGCUUCUUGCCAGGCCUCCGCAGAGGCUCGGUCUCUGGUAUCGCGUUUGCUGUCGUUGGAGCCGCUGAUGCGCGUGGGGGCUUUAGGGGGAGUUGAGGAAGUGAUGCAGCACAGCUGGUUCGCGGGGGUUUCUUGGGAGGCAGCCAAAAGACUUCGCCUGGCGAGCCCCCUGCUGCCGCUGCUGCGGGAAGCGCGGGAGAGAAACCCUUUGCCCAUCGUCCAGGACAAGACCCUAGAGGCCCCUCUGGCCUGCGACAGGGGCCGCUGGAAGCCGCAGCACUUUUGCGCUUCUUUGGCCUUUGAUUACACAAACCCUGCGCGCCUGGACGACUUGGCUGCGAGACUAAUCGAUUCUACAGUAGAAGGCGCAUGCGUUGCCAUUCCGCAAGUUGUAAACUCAGGCGCAGCGGCUGCUGCUGCGGCUGCUGCUGAUGCAGCAGCAGCAGCAGCAGCAGAUGGCGUUGCUGCUGUUCUCGCAUCGGGCUCCACGCUUGCCCCGGAAGAAAGCCUCAACACCGAUGAGUCACUGUCUCCCACAGCCAGUGCAACUGACAGUGCAGCAGCAGCAGCAGCAGCAGCAGCAGCAGCAGCAGCGCCUGCCAAGGAAUGCUCCGUGGAAUGCACAAAUGUGAGUGAAGACAAAGACAGUGGAAGCGACACUUCUGCGUCUGAGAGCAUGGACGAAGGGUCUCAAGAAAUGAGGAUUACCGGGGCAGCCGAGGCAGCAGCAGCGGCAGCAGCAGCAGCAGCAGCAGCAGCAGCUGCAGCAGAGGCAAACAGAAUAGUCUCAAAUGCACGGAAACGAACAACAGAUGCCACAGCAGGGCCCCCAGGGCCCACACCAGCCGUCGCUGCAGCAGCUGCUGCUGCUGAGCAGCAGCAGCACACGGCGCAGGCACUGCAGCCUGCAGCAGAUUCCAAAGACAGGGGCCCCUCAGCAGCUGCCGCAGCUGACCCAGCCGGGGGCCCCAAGGGGCCCCCAGAGAUGGCUGCUGCAUGCAGUUUGCCUUCUGUGGGGUCCAUAGGCGGGAAGGAGCAGGCACCGAUGGACUCUGCUGCUCCGCUCAAGAGCAGCAGCAACAGCAGCAGCAGCAGCAGCAACAGCAACAGCAGCAGUAGCAGCAGCAGCGUCAGCAGCAGCAGCACAGAAGACCGUAAGGAAGCCCUCGCGCUAGUUAGCGAGGAUCAUGAUUCUCCUGACAAAGGAUUAAAGACCAAAAGAAGCUUCAACCCACCCCGGGUGAGCAUGCUGGCCUCACAGCGCCGGCAGCAGCAGCAGCAGCAGCAGCAGCAGCAGCAGCAGCAACAGUCGCGCCAGGGGCCCAAGCCCAGCUCCAGUGAGCUUACCAGCAGCAGCAGAGUCAAGCACAGUAGCUCCGGCAGCUUCUCCAGUCUGCGGCAGCGUCCGGCUGCAGCAAAACAGGCCCAGGAGCCGCACAGCGCGGCUGCUGCUGGGGGCCCCCUGGGGGGCCCCAACGCGGGGGCCCCCCAGGCAGCGCAUAUGGAGCGCAGCAGCAGCAAUUUGGCGCGGGGCUCUGCAGCUGCUGCUGUUCGCGUCGCCAGGACCUUCUCGCCCGGGGCUGCUUUGGCUGACCGAAAGGGCGCAGCGGAGGGAAAGCCUGCUGCAGCAGGCAAAGCCAUUAGACAGUCAGGGAGGCCCAUCGGGAGCCGCAGCCCGCCUUCUGCUGCGGGGGCUUAG